UCCUGCUUCUUUUUUCCUCUCUUAUCUUUGCUCCAGAGGAUUAUAUCAUUUUCCUAUUGACAAUAUCAGCAUGCAAUAAUACAGAGCAUGCACCUGAGUCUAUGGGAAAGGACAGAGAUCCAACAGAAGAAAACCAGAUGUGAAUGGAAAUAUUGAAGGUUUUUUUUUUUCUUCUUCUUCUUCUUCUUCAUUGCACUUAGGACAAUACGGGAGACAGGAUACUGCAUUUCUUCCAGGAAGGAGGGAGUUAUUCUUCUGGAUCUAAGCAUUAAUCUAACACAGGCUGCCAGGUCAUCUGGACCUUAAGAACAGUCCUUGAUUUUAAAUAUGUGCUGCAGACCUAAGAGAGGAUAGUCUGGAUGUUCCCUGCCCUUCACUCUGAGGAUAAAAGUGUUGCCUCAUACAGACUGGCACAGAAGACGUGUAUGCAUAUGUAUGGCACUGACAGAGCCUUUUGGAGACUGAGUGUUUUGCAUUAAGAGGAUGCCAGUCAGAAGGUGCAGAGGUAGAGGUGAUAAAGUGAUGGGAUGCUGCUGCUGCCAUUCAUUGCCUCUACUGCUGAUGCUGCUCUGUAUGGGCACUUGCUGCAGAGCUCAGGUGCACAAUCUCAGCCUGGCAGUGGAUGAAGGACUGCCACCAGGAACCUUAGUAGGGGAUAUCCGUGCUGGACUGCCAGAAGGGAGCCCAGGUCAAGGCUUUUUCCUAUCUGAGGAGGAUGGAGAGUCUCCAGUGCUGAGGGACUUUCACAUUGACACUGAGACUGGCAUUGUGAGGACAUUAAGAAUUCUGGACAGGGAGCAAAGACAACGCUACAGCUUUGUGGCUGCCACUUUGCUAGGAGAUGUUGUCCAGGUAGAGAUCAAGGUGCAAGAUGUUAAUGAUCACUCACCAACCUUUCCUGUAGAAUCACUGAAACUACAAAUAUCUGAGCUGACACCACCUGGAACCACAUUUAGGUUACCUGAAGCCAGAGACCCAGACACUGGGGAGUAUGGUCUAAGGGGUUUCUCUUUGAUUAGGGGCAGCCAAGGAAGUGCCUUCAUCAUCAGGUAUGGAGCAAACAAAUCUGCUAUGGGUGCUGAUAAAGAUUUUGCAGUUUGGGGUCAGGCUGAAAAGAAUGUAAGGGUGAAUGAGAAAGUUCAUAGAGAAAGACCAUAUGUCCAGGAAUGGCAAGAACAUGACACGUUUGGGCAGGACAAUGUAUAUGAUAAAUUGAAUUUAAAUCUCUCAGACUUUAUAAAUGAGACUAGUGAAGGGUUACAAGCAAAACACAGGGGUGCAGAUGUUGCAAUGAAGUCUUAUAGUGAAUUAGAACAUAAGGAUGUUGAGACUGAGCGUGUAGAAGGCAUGACCUAUGGGACAGGUACACAUGGGCUGCAGCAAGAAUUUACAAUAAAAGGCCACAGUCCUGAUGCACAGACUGAGGGUCAUCUUUAUGAAUGGUAUGGCAGGUUAAAUAGUAACCCAGCAGGUUCACAUGAAAAGAGGGAAUUAGAAGAGUCAUCUUUGCAUUCUAACUUUCACCCCCUGGAUCUUGUGUUAGUGCAUUGGUUAGAUAGGGAGGAGCUUGACAGGUAUCAACUGGAAGUUGAAGCUUUUGAUGGUGGAUAUCCACGUAGAACUGGAAGACUUUUAAUAGACAUCACAGUAAUGGAUGCAAAUGACAACCCUCCAGCCUUUGACCAGUCUGAGUAUAAAGGAUGGGUGUGGGAAAAUGCUCCAGUAGGUACACCAAUUUGCAAAGUCCAUGCAACUGACCCAGACUUAGGUAGCAAUGGGGAGGUGAAGUACACUCUACGAUCUGAUGAGGGCUACUUUUUUGUUGAAGAAACCAGUGGUGUAGUAAGGGUUAAUCGACCCUUGGACAGAGAACAAAAGGCUUUUCAUCAACUUGUGGUACAAGCCAAAGAUGGAGGAUCACAACCGGAAGUGGCAAGUGUCCUUGUUGUAGUAAAAGUUCUUGAUGUUAAUGAUAACAAACCCCAAAUACAAAUUACACUACUAACUGAAAGUGGACGCCCUGAAAUAUCAGAGGGAGCAAGAGUUGGCGAGUAUCUUGCAAGAAUUUCUGUAUCUGACCCUGACCUACAGCUUCAGGAUGUUCCUUUGCCAAUAACUCAAGGUCAAGAAAGAGGGGGGCAAGUAGAUACAACCCUGCAUAGUGAUACACUGGAAGAAUAUGAUGGCAUAAUGAGACAUUCACUAUUAGAUACAACACCUAACACUAAUGAGGAGACAAGGAAACUACAUAGAAACAUAAUGCAGGAACAAAAAAACAUUGAAUAUGUUAAUGUGGAUGCACCACAACAGGUGUUUCUGAAUUUGGAAGGUACUGAUGGCUCUUUUUCUCUUCGUUCUGUUGCACCUCAACUAUACUUUUUGUGUGUUGAAGCUCCCCUGGAUCGUGAGCAGAAGGAUAUAUAUGAGCUAAAACUGCUUGCUAGAGAUUCAGGUUCUCCUCCUCUACAUACUCUAAAAACACUACUUGUUGCUGUCACAGAUGUAAACGAUGAGACCCCUGUUUUUGCUCACCCUGAAGGAUAUCAUGCCACAGUUUCAGAAGCUGCAUCUGCUGGUACUGCAGUACUUACCCUUAGUGCCAUAGACUUGGACGAUGAUGGUCCAAAUUCUUGGAUCACCUAUACUCUUCAGGACAGUUCUACUUCUUCAGCCUUCAUGUUGGACCCACAUACAGGGGUUCUCAGCAUUAACAAAACACUUGACUAUGAGGCAGAGACUGAAUUGAACUUAUCUGUUGUAGCUACUGACCAUGGUAUUCCUCCACUGUCCACCACUUGUCCUGUGACUAUAAUGGUCGAGGAUGUCAAUGACAAUGAACCCAUUUUCUUGCAACAGUUCUACAAUGUAACCCUGCAGGAACAUUCCACCAUAGGACACUGCUUCCUUCAGGUAAAGGCCACUGAUGCUGACUCAGGUUCUUUUGGAGAAGUCCACUACUCCCUAUAUGAUAGGUUCCAAAUCACUAAAGAGUCUGAGAAAUUCUGGAUUGAUUAUGAUUCUGGACGUAUUUGCGUAUCUCAAGAUGUUGAUAGAGAAGGAGAGCCUGGAAGUUAUGAUCUUAUUAUAAAAGCACAAGAUGGGGGUGGCUUAAGUGCCCAAGCAUUUGUUCGAGUCGAUAUAGAAGACAUAAAUGACAAUGCACCCGUCUUUGAUCAAACUAAUUAUGUGACAAGCAUUAGCAGUCACACUCAACCAGGAACAGAGAUACUAAAUGUUGUGGCCACUGAUAGAGAUGGAGGAAUGUUUGGGGAAGUGUUAUAUGAGCUAAUACCUAGAGAUAAGACACCAGUCUUUACUAUUGACUCAUCUUCAGGAAUUAUGUAUUUGAUUGCUGCUCUCAAUCAUCUGGAGGAUUCGCAAGUGACGUUCUCUGUAUGCGCUCGAGAUAAAGGCGGCCUUACGUCCGCAGUGAACGCAUCUGUGACUGUUAACAUCCAAAAAACGACUGUUGCACCUCCACUCUUUGAGAAAUCCCGCUACACCUUUGUAAUAUCGGAGGAUGUUCCAAAUGGCACUGCUGUUGGUACUGUCAAGGCUAGAGAACCUCCAAAUUCCAUUGAUCCUGUAUCAUACAGAAUAUUGUCUGGUGAUCCACAUCAGAUGUUCUCCAUAAACUCCCAGUUUGGUAUCAUUACAACAAGAAAGCUACUAGAUCAUGAAUCUCAACCCAUUAUUGUUCUUACUGUCCAGGCACAGCUAGGGAGCUCUACGGUCUUCAGCAGUACACAGGUCAACAUUACUAUAACCGACGUCAACGACAACCCACCGUUUUUUUUAAGGGUGAAUGAAAGAAUAAGCUUACCCCAGACAACUCCUCCUGGCAGUGCACUGUAUAUUGCUCGAGCAGAAGACAUAGAUGAUGAUUAUAAUGGAUUGAUCACCUACAGCAUUGCUAGUGAAAAGCAAGACAUGUUUAGCAUUGACCCUAACCUUGGAAUUUUGUACCUAAAUACAACUUUAACAAUGGUCUGUGAGCAUAUUCUCCUAAUAACGGCUGAAGAUAACGGACGUCCUCCCUUAAGUUCCCUCCUCACAUUAACUGUUAGUGUUACAAAGAACAAUCUUGGUAAUGCUUUGACUUUUGGAAAUUUGGUGCAUCAAGUUGAAAUCAAUGAAGAUUGCACUAUCAACUCAAGAAUCAUUCAGGUGAAAGCCUACUUUGAUGGGGCACAAAGUCAGCAGACUAGAAUCAUUUACUCCUUGCUCCCUGCGGAUUCAGUUAUAUUUGGAAUAAGUCGGAAUACAGGAUGGAUUUUUCUGCGUCGGUCUUUGGAUUUUGAGAAAGCGAACAUAUAUAAUCUGAUUGUAGUGGCAAGAAGCAUGGACCCGUUUAAAGAUCAGACUGCAACCACCUCUAUAAUUGUGAAGAUUUUGGAUGUAAAUGACAAUUACCCAAUUUUCAAUCAGGACAUCUAUUUCUUCACUCUUCCUGAAAAUCCAGCUCCUCAUGGUGUGGUUGGGACAAUCAGGGCACUGGAUAUGGACUCAGGGAGGAAUGGACAGCUCUCAUACUUUCUGCUUUCCGAGCACAAUUAUUUUCAUAUCAACUCUAAGACAGGCGAAUUGAUGAAUUCUGAAGCCUUGGAUCGUGAAGUUAAAGCAUAUCAUCACCUCACUGUAUUGGUGACUGACCAUGGCAUGCCACGCCGCAAUGCCACAGCUGCAGUUUACAUCACAGUCACUGACCUUAAUGACAACAAGCCAUUCUUUCUCCAGUCGCCAUCAGGGAAGCAGCUGCAUAUAAAGGUUCCAGAUGGCCAGCCUGGACAUAUGUUCGUGACUGCUGUUUAUGCAAAGGAUCCUGAUGCUGCUAAUAACGGGACAGUUGUGUACUCAAUGUCCUCAGAUGAUGACCUGGAUCAUUUUUUUAUUAACGUUACUAGUGGGGAAAUAUGGACUACCCAGGCACUAUUAGCAAAUCUAAAAUCCCACUAUCAAUUAACAAUCACUGCAAGUGAUCAAGGCAUCCCCGCUCUGGAGGAAUAUGUUAUAGUUAACAUUCAGGUCAUUUCAACAUCCACAGAGAAAUUAAAAGAUCUGAUUGAGGUCAAGACAGUAAAGAUUCCAGAAAGUAUGAAACCUGCUCAAAGGAUUGGCUCAGCGAAGUUGCAUGAAGAUAAGAUUUUGCAUAAUUCGAAGCUCAUCAUACAAGAUCAUAACAAGGUACUUCCUCAGAACCACUCUGUCAUCCUAAAAGUUGAUGUUAAAGACCAAAAUGACCAUUAUCCUGUCUUUCCUGACCACCUUGUGGUCAAAGGAUUGCAGGAAAAUUGCCCCUAUUGAACAAUAUUGUAUACAUUUAAGGCAAAAGAUGGAGAUGGCAACAUAGCAAACAGCAAAAUUAAAUAUUCAUUAAACUCUGAUCCUAGAAAAGAAAACCCCUUUGUUAUUCACAAAUGGGAUGGAACCUUAACUACAAACCGAGCUUUGGAUCGAGAAACAGAGGAGUCAUUUAUUCUGACAGUUAUUGCAACAGACCAGCAGCUAAUAUCACACAGCGCCGACACUGUUCACUGACAAGCUCUGAUUAUCAUUCAGACGGUCAACGACAACCCUCCAAGUUUCCUAUCAUUGCCCGCUGCUUCUGUAAUAGAGCACCAGAAUUUGGCUCGCUCAUACAUCGGGGUGGUGGCUGAAGAUCCGGAUGAGAGAGAGAAUGAGAAAAAUAACAUUUCACAUUAUGGAUGGAAAUUCAAGCAAGUUUUUGUACUGGAUGAAAUAACAGGAUGGCUGAGCUUAUCAGCAGCAGUUGACCGUGAGAUCCAGGAACAUUAUACUUUAACCAUAUUGGCCACCGAUAAUGGAAAUCCAGCUCUGUAUGCAACACAGAUUGUUACAGUCACGGUUGCUGAUGUAAAUGAUGUGUUACCAACAUUUAAACAAGUCUUGUAUGAAGUUGCCAUUCCUGAAAACCUAGAGCCUGGACAGCAUGUGAUGAAGGUUGAAGCAGAGGACAGUGAUUCAGGAGUCAAUGCUGCACUGACAUAUCACAUGUUGCCAGGUCCAGCACAUGGAUUUUUCAGAAUAAAUCCUGAUACUGGAGAGCUGAUUACAGCGGCAUCAUUUGACAGAGAGAAACAGGAUCAGUUUAUUAUUAGGGUACUGGUGACAGAUGGCGGAUCCCCAUCAUUCUCCAGUUCAGCGACCGUUGUGUGUACAGUGCUGGACGAGAACGAUAAUGCUCCUGAGCUCUUACUUCCUGAGGCUGAGAUCCAUGUCCCUGAAAACCAAGAUCUGGGAAUAAUUCACAAAGUUCUGGCCAUAGACAAGGAUGCUGGCAACAAUGGCAGAAUACAAUUCCAAAUAAUUGGUGGAAACACGGGCGGAUAUUUUGCCAUCAAUAACACUUCAGGCGAGCUUUGGACCACCCGUAGCCUAGAUAGAGGGGAUGUCAGCAGUUUCACCAUUAUCGUGGAAUGCCAUGACCUGGGCAGUCCCCAGCGAAGUACUACAGCCAAGCUGCAUAUUAAAGUCUUGGAUGAAAAUCAUAAUCCACCUACAUUUCCUAAGAGCCAGUACCGCACAUCUGUUAGAGAGGAUCUAGCUGUUGGAUCAAUGGUUCUUAGCCUUCAUGCAGUUGAUUUAGAUGAAGGCUUAAAUGGUGAAGUAACAUACUCCUUGAUUGAUGAUACCCAAGGUGUUUUCACUAUAAACUAUGCAACUGGAAACAUUGUAACUGCAAAGGCCUUGGACCGAGAAUCGAAACAUCAAUAUGCGUUCCGGGUGGCAGCUAGUGACAGUAGCAUAUAUGGUCCACUAAGUUCCACCGUCAAAGUGUUAGUUCAUAUUGAUGAUAUCAAUGAUAACAUGCCUCUAUUCUCAGAGGAUCUUGUACAAGGUCUUAUUUCCCACCAAUCCUUAGUGAAUACAACAAUUGCUACAGUACGUGCAAGUGACCCAGAUCAAGGCUUGAAUGGAACAGUGGUGUAUAGUCUAGUCGAAACGGAUCCACUUUUUUUUAUCGACCAGGAUAGAGGAGAGAUUAAACUUCAGAAAACAAUCUCUCAUGCCUUCAGGAACACAGUUCUCAAAGUGCAGGCCUCAGAUGUUGGUAACCCAGUGAGAACAUCAACAUGUCUUGUGACCAUCGAUCUUGAAGGCCAGGAGAAGGAUAUUUAUUUUGUGCAGAAUGUUUAUGAAGCGAACAUAUUGGAAAAUAGCAAAGCAGGUACAGCAGUGGUGAAAGUAGAGGCCAAGUACUUCAAGCCAUCUGACCAAUCCAUAUCCUAUAGAAUUAUCAGCGGAGACAAAGAAACGUUUAUGCUUAAUUCUAAAACAGGAGCCCUCACGGUACAGGAGGCGUCAUUGCUUGAUUUCGAAGCCAGAAAUACGACGAAUGUAAUCAUCUCUGCCGAAACCAGCCGGUCAGUUAUCUACUGCAGGGUCACUGUGGUAAUCCAAGAUCAGAAUGAUAACCCACCAGUGUUUGACCGGGAUCAUCACUUUACAUGGGUCUUGGAAGGUCAGGCCUACAACAUGAUUGUUAUCCAGGUUUUUGCUAGCGAUGCUGACAGUGGGCUGAAUGGACAGAUAGAUUACACUAUUGUGGACGGCAAUGAAAAUAACGCUUUUCUGAUUGACUCACGACGAGGUGUCCUCUCUACAAACGCUAUACUGGAUCGGGAGAUUAAAUCCUCGUACAGGCUGGUCCUCCAAGCUGCUGAUAGGGGAUUUCCAAGUCUUUCUGCAACGAGCAUCGUAACAGUACUAGUUAUUGACAUCAAUGACAAUGCCCCUACAAUACCUCCGCUGGAGACCGCAUUCAUUCCUGAAGAUGCUGCCCCUGGCUUCAAUGUAGCUUGCAUAUCAGCAAACGAUGUGGACCUGAAGCCAAAUGUAUCGUAUAGUUUUACUGAAGAUGGAAAUCCUGAAAUGAAGUUUGCUAUUGACAAAUACUCAGGAGUUGUAACCCUCAUUGGUGACUUGGACUAUGAAGAAACAUCGCAAUAUAAUUUGAGGGUUCAGGCCUCAGAUUGGAUGCAUCUGGCUGAAGCAGAACUCAUCAUUGUUAUUCUAGAUAUUAAUGAUAAUCCUCCAUUAUUUACUAAAGAUUCGUACAAGGCAUCAAUACCGGAGCUGACUGCCCCUGAUACAUAUAUUAUAACAGUGUCUGCUACGGAUAGAGACUCUGAGAUGUAUGGCCCUGUUUCUUAUCGAAUUAUUUCUCCACUUAACGGAUUUACAAUCCAUCCAACUAUUGGUUCAGUGCAUACAGACAUGCCGGUGGGGAUAAAGGAGAAAAGUACUGUGAUUCCUAUUAUGAUAGAAGCCAAGGAUAGUGGCGUUCCUCCGUUAUCUUCCACUACUAUUCUGGAGCUACAGAUUCAUGAUGUAAACAAUCAUUCCCCUUCAUUUUCAGAAGAGGUGUACCAUGUUAAUAUAAGUGAAGACGCUGUGGUUGGAGAGGCUAUUCUUACCUUUACAGUUACAGAUUUGGAUUGGACCCAUGAGAAUGCAUUUACUGACCUUUCAAUUGUCAGUGGAAAUUCCUACAAUCUGUUCUAUGUGCAAAGCAUUGGGAUUCUUUCGCAGCCUCCAUUUGUAGUCAUUGGCAAACUAAUUCUAAAUGGGAAUUUAGAUUAUGAGACAAGCACCACUCAUACAUUGGUUUUACUCGCUUCUGACCGAGGAGUCUCGCCUUUAAGCUCUAGUGCUACUGUUUUGAUAUCUGUUCUUGAUACCAAUGACAAUCCACCAAUAUUUAACAACCAGGAGUACCAUAUCAGUGUCAGAGAACAUUAUCCUAUAAAUAUGGAAGUGACCAAAAUAUCAGCUUUUGACUAUGACAGUGGAGAUAAUGCUGACAUAGUAUACAGCAUUGUUUCUGGAAAUGAUGGAGGCACUUUCACAGUUGAUUUACAAAAUGGGACUGUCACUCUAGCAGAGACUCUGGAUUAUGAACUGGUUAUAAAUUUUGCUUUAGUUUUAAAAGCUACUAAUGCCUGGGGAACUAAAAAUGAUGAAGCAUUUACAAGACUCUUCGUUACAGUGCUUGAUGACAAUGACUACCCACCUCAAUUCCUGUUUAACAGUUUAAGCUGUAGUCUCUCUGAAAAUAUGCCGCCCUUCUCACCAGUGUGCACAGCAAAUGCCAUUGACUUAGAUUCUGGACCAUUUGGUGCCUUGAGUUACUCUAUUCAAUCGAUGUGCCUAAAUGAGCUAAAGCAAGAUAAGUUUUUCAUAGACUCAUUAACUGGGGACAUUUAUACAAAGAGCAAAAUUGAUUAUGAGACUCAUAAAAAGUAUUGCCUUGUUGUUCAGGUUAAAGACAGAAGUGAAUCCACAGCCUGCGUACUGGUUUAUGUAGACAUAGAGGGGCAGGAUGAGUUUCCACCUCUAUUCCAAGAGGAUGAAUAUUUAUUUGACAUACCACAAGAAAACAAACCUGGACAAGUCAUAGGCAAAGUAGCAGCUUCAGACAAGGAUGAAGGACUUGAUGGGUUGAUCUAUUAUAAUCUUGAAAAGUCUUCUCAGUUUUUCUCUGUCAAUGCAACUAGUGGUGUCAUAUACUUAAAAAGAAGUGUUCAAAAGAUACGAACUAACUCAAGACAAAAUGAUGACAUUAUUGAGUUAGUGGUAAGAGCCCAAAGCCCAAAGCUAGAGUCAAAGUCAUCGACCUGCACUGUUCGAGUUAACAUUUCAACAGCUCUAGAAAGUUACCCUGUUAUGUCAGCAAACAUACUUUCCAUCAGUUUCGGCAUUUCCUUUGUGGUUUUUUUGCUACUGGCUAUAAGCCUUAUUGGCAUAAUUCUGCGAUAUAAGAGAAAAGAUGUUGUAAAUGCUUGCGGGAUAAAAGAAGUUGCUCUUCCUGCUCUCCCAAAUUCAAAUUUUAAAGACUGCAUGUCUGAUGAGUGUCCAAAGUAUGAAAAUACCAAGAACAGCAUACCUCCAGAUACAGCAGAGUGGCUGGGGUUAGUUGGCAUUAGAGAAAAGAAAGACACUGGGAACAAAUGCAGGAAUUCAGACUCGAGUGGUCAUGGCUCAACAGAAGGGGAAACUGCUGAAGAUGAAGAAAUAAAGAUGAUCAAUGAAUACCCCAUUAGAAAAGAAUCUGGUUCUGUUCUUAGUGAAAGAGCCUCACGAGUUCCAGACUCUGGAAUUCCAAGAUACUCUGAUCUUCUGUCAUGUGAAUCAGAUGAGACAGAUGUGGUGAUCGGGUCAGAAAACACAGAGAGUGUGGUGAUCCUUAAGGAGGAAAAAGCAGAAGGUGAAUGCCAUGCAUACUAUAAUUGCAAAAAGGAGAUACCAGCAACACAACAUGAUAGUGAAAACAACCCAAAGGACAAAAACUCCCUGCCAGAGACCAGUCAGGACUACAUCUAUGUUCCUAUGUCAUAUGACUCAAGAUAUGGUUCUUUGGCAUCUUUAGUAGCCUCUGAUGAGGACCUUAGAGGAAGUUAUAAUUGGGAUUACCUGCUUAGCUGGGAACCCAGGUUUCAGACACUUUCCUCUGUUUUCUGUGAUAUUGGUAGGCUGAAAGAUGAAAAGAUGCAUCGGCAUGUGCCUAAGCAAAAGAAACCUUUCAUUUUUCCACCCCCAUUAAUCACAUCUGUGGCACAGCCUGGGAUAAGGGCAGUACCACCUCGAAUGCCAACUAUAAUGUCAGGACAGACAUUUGUAAAAUAUCCACGAUCACCUUAUUUCUCUAAUUUGGCAUGUCAGUCUUCAACAAUGACCCCAACCUUUUUGCCUUCACUGUCUAUGCUCACGGUUCACAGUCCGACCUCACCCCUGCGCUCAGACAUAGGAAUUAAUGGAACAUCAGUGCCUGCACUGUCUGAGGAACUGUUGAUACAACAAGAGUUUCAAGUAUAAGACCCACGUGUGGUAUUCAGACCUGACAGAACUUGCGGGGACCAAGUAAGGCAUGUAGACAAAAGAAAAAUCAUUAAGACACUGCAUUUCAACUACCUAUAUAUGGUGUCCAGUAAAUUGUAGUCAAUUAAAAUGGCCAAACCGAGGGACUGCUCUGAUUGUCUUAUGUCUAUAUGAAAACGUUUUGUUUACCUGUCUCCAUUUCUGUGACAGUUUUCAGAUUCUUCAGUGUCCACAAUGCAUGAACAUGUCUGAAUUGAAAACCAUUUGUGCAACUAGUAAACUCCUUAUCAUAGGCCAGUAUUUACCAGCAUUUAAUUAUACUGUAUAUUACUACUACUAGAGUUUAACAAUCUUUUAUUUAUAGCCUCUCUUAUGAUUUUUGUGUACAAUAUUAAUGACAGAUUAUCAUCCACAAAUGUAGCUGGAAUUAAAACUAGCUCACUUAUUUAAAACCCCUCUAACUGAGCCAGUAAAUGAUGACAAAAUGAAUAGUGUCCCAUGAAAUGGAUUUGUGGCAAGGUCACAAAGCUUUUUACUUUUGGGAACAUGGACCAAUAUGGGUUGGGUGGCAGGCUACCCUAUAUCUAAUUCUGUCUCUUUGUGUUAAUGAGACUGCAUGUAUAUAAAGGAAGUAUGUCAGGCAGAAUAUACAUCUGUACAAUUAUUCAGAAUAUUUUUUCUAAUAACAAUGAAAAACUCAACUCAACUCAAACUCAACAGUUCUUCAGCAGAAAUUUACAAUUUUGCACAGUCAUUGUACAAUCUUCCUAAAGUGUUGGGCAAUUUUGUAAAUACUAUGUUAUUCGAAUCUAUGACCGGUUUUGAGUUAUGUAAUGUUCUGUCAUUUGUUCACUAGCAAAACUAAACUUCGAAUUCUUAGAAUUUCUGUUAUUAUGGAGCAGUGCACUAUAGGAGCUCAGAUGAGUAGUAGAUUACAAUUAGGGCCCAUGUAUGCAACCAUAUGAAUAUUAUAUGGCUCUGAAAUACAUCAGUCAUAGACUGCUAAGAGAAGAAUAUACAGAUUUUUUUCCCUUAUGGAUCUAUAUGGAGUAUGUGAGAACAAAAAACAUGUCAUGUUUCAUUGCAAAUUAAACUACUCCCCUAGGAGAAGCACUGGUUCAAGAGAAGAAUAUUGUAACUUGAGAAGACACCAUUCAUCCGCAUGCAAAAUGCCUACUGGACUAUGACAUGAAUCUGUGAGGGCUCAUUGUGCCACCACAUAGGGUCCUUGCUCACAUCUAUAGCAUGUGCAGAUAAGCUAAGGCUGCUUUCAGAUGGGCAAUGUAGACAUCUUGGAACAGUUUGAGUUUAGAACUAAUAGAAAAUUGCAGCAUAUACUAUUUUUGCACGCAAGACUCAUACAUUCAAAUUAAUAAAUCUGAAGGGGAAACAGAUGGCACAUGAUCUGCAUCAGUGUGGAAUCCAUUUUAAAACUCAUUUUUGUUUCUAACUGGAACAUAGAUGAGUUUUUCUAAGCUGUUAGGCCAAGUUUCAAAGCAGCUUUUGAAGCAGAACAAAAAAAUAUCUCAAAACCAGCACAAAAACAACAAAGAAAGUAAAUUAGUGUUAAAGGGUUAUAUCCAUCUCAGACAUUGAAGGCAUAUCACUAGGAUAUGCCACCAAUGUUAGAUAGGUGUGGGUACCACCUCUGACAGCUGCUCCUAUCCCCAGAACAUGUUCCCCAAAGUGAAGGAGAGCGAACCACCCAUGCAGUGCUCUCCAUUCAUUUCUAUGGGAGUUACGAAAUUAGUCGAGCAAAAACACUCAGGUAUUUUCUGAACUUGCAUGCAUAACCACCUCUCCAUUCACCGUUAUGGGACAAAGCCCUAAGCCAUUGUUCUGCUAUUUUCCAAACUCCCAUACCAGUGAAUGGAGGGUGACCUACUUGGAGUACUAUCCUUUACUUUGGAGGGCCCGUUCAGGAGAUAAGAUUAGUGGGACCCAGAGGUGGAACCCGCACCUAUAUGAUAUAGGUGAUAUGCCACCAAUGUCUGAGAUGGGAAAAUACCUCUUAAAAGCUACUAAAACAUGCAAUCUUAAACGGUGUUUAUAAUGGAAUUAUAAUUUAAUGUGAAUUGUUAUACCCCCAGGCAUCAUGCCGCCACAAUGUAUCUUAUGCUGAUGUUAACUACAAGAUGCCAUAUGCUGAUUUUUGAAACAAAAGAAUUGUACUAUGAUAUUUUUUAAUAUAUGAAGACAAUUACGUAAGAUAGGUUUAUUUCAGCUGUCCUACACCAAGGGUUCUAUCAUAUUGUAUUACAUAUGAGAACAUAUUUUUACAUAUAUGAGAAUCAAAAAAUCUAUUAAUUCUGCUGCCUUAAGUGGCAAAGGAAAUGUCCUGUUUGUUGUGUUACCCAACUAUAAGGUUUUAAGAGUUUCCAUUAAUGCAUCAUGCCCUAUCAUCACUAUCCAACCUUUAAUGUAACCUAGAAUGUAUAAUAAUCAUACAACCCCCCAAUGUAUCUUAUAAUUAUUAAUAAGGUAAAAUAUGAGGAGAAAUCAAGCACUUUUGUUGGUCAUAAGGGCACAAUAUCAUACAAGAACAUUUUAAAAUAUGUUGGAUCAUCUCUUUGUGGCCAACUUUGCUCUUUUCAUAGAAAAGGAAAGGAUGGUUCCAAAGAGGGACAUAUAAUUCACCAAGUGAGGUUGCAUUGAGGCCUUAAUAAUUCAAACACAUUUAUAUUUUUAGACAUUACUUAAAGGGGUUUUCCAGAAAUGAUUUAAAAUGGCCAACAUCAACCUGUCCUAGAAUGUGAGCAGGACUGGUUUCCUCUAAUUGAAGAGCUGUCAAGGGAGUGGUGAGGGGACGGGACCUCACUAUACUGCUCUACAAUAUAUGGUAAUGAUGUGAUCCUGCCUAUAAUAUGUCAUCAUGGCUGAGCAGCCUGACAGGAACACUCACCAAUAUGUAGUAUAUUGUGUCCCCUCAUUCUCCCAGGCUGCCAGUCCUGCUCACAUUCUAGGACAGUUACUGGUGGUCAUUUUAAUUAAUUCCCCUUUAAGUUGUUAACUUUUCAGUGACCUAAAAAAUGUAUAAAUAGCACAGGAAAAAGAAAACACAAGUAUAUAAACAUGAGUAUUUACAAUGCCAUAUACGGUAGAAUAAGCUACUUUAAUGGUGCUUCACAUUUCUUCAUAGAUGGAAAAAUUCCAUUAUUACUCAAGUUUUAUGGGCAUGUCCUGAAGAAAUAUAUGCACAGUGGAGAGACUUCCUAAAACUAAAAAAGAAAAUUGGUGAAGUUGCCCAUAGCAACCAGUCAAAUUGCUGCUUCCCUAUUCCAAAAGGCAUCUGGAAAAUGAGAAGUAGAGUCUAUCUGGUUGCUAUUGGCAAAGGCUCCACUUUCCUUUUGCAUAAUAUUAGAUAAAUAUUCUCCAUUGUAGCUGACUGGUUUUGUUUGACUGGUGUUUAAAGUAAACCAAGGAUGGCAAUUUUUAACACUAUAUUUCCCGAGGCUCAGUACAUCACCACCUACUUAUUGGCUGAGCUCUGGAAUAGUAGUUCAGUGGUGCAUAGGUGAUGACUUGCCUAUUCCUGAUCUAAUGCUUAAUAAUUGUCUAAGACCUGUUUAAUUUUACCCCACUUUGGAAUCAAUUUUGUGAUAUUGAGUGGGGCAAUCUUACAAGCUGUAAAUGUAACUUUAAUUAUGUUUACCAAAUUAUUUUCUAUUUUAUAUGUAUACAGAAUUCAGGAAAUAUGAAUACAUGAAAAAGGGAUAUUAUUUUUCAGACUGAACCAAAUGUAUUCAAAUAGCUGUGUUUUAAAUGCAGUUUUCA